AGAAAAGGCCCGAAUGUCUGGCAGUGCAUUAUGUGUGCAAAAUUAAUCGCUGAUUCACUGCUCGAGUAUUGAAUGUGUUGUUAACAUAACUCGACAUUUGAUUGAAGUUUUAAUUUAUUUCACAAAACACUCAUUAAAUCUAAUUAAUGGACCGAUUGUUACGAUUAGGCGGCGGUUUGGGAAGUCUGGGACAGAGCGCCGCCCCCACUGAUGGGCCGGUAGUGGACACCGCAGAGCAGGUGUACAUCUCGUCGUUGGCGUUGCUGAAGAUGUUGAAACACGGGAGGGCUGGCGUACCCAUGGAAGUGAUGGGUCUUAUGUUAGGCGAGUUCGUCGACGACUACACCGUACGGGUGAUCGACGUGUUCGCUAUGCCUCAGUCGGGAACGGGCGUUAGUGUGGAAGCCGUGGAUCCGGUAUUUCAGGCAAAGAUGUUGGAUAUGUUGAAACAGACGGGUCGGCCGGAAAUGGUGGUCGGAUGGUAUCACUCGCACCCGGGUUUCGGGUGUUGGCUGUCGGGCGUCGACAUCAACACUCAGCAGAGCUUUGAGGCGCUGUCGGAGCGGGCGGUGGCUGUUGUCAUCGAUCCCAUCCAAUCAGUGAAAGGCAAAGUAGUGAUCGACGCCUUCCGUCUCAUAAACCCGAAUAUGAUGGUCUUGGGUCAGGAGCCCCGGCAGACCACCUCCAACUUGGGCCACCUCAACAAGCCGUCCAUACAGGCGCUCAUCCACGGCCUCAAUCGGCACUACUACUCGAUCGCCAUAAACUACCGGAAGAACGAAUUGGAGCAGAAGAUGCUCCUCAAUCUGCAUAAGAAGAGUUGGAUGGAUGGGCUCACGCUUCAGAACUACGCCGACCACUGCUCGCACAACGAGAAGACAGUCAUCGAUAUGCUGGAGUUGGCGAAGGCCUACAAUAAGGCCGUGGAGGAGGAGGACAAACUGACGCCCGAACAGUUGGCCAUCAAGAAUGUGGGCAAACAGGACCCCAAGAGACACCUCGAGGAGAACGUGGACCUCCUGAUGACCAAUAAUAUCGUGCAGUGUUUGGGCGCUAUGCUGUCCACCGUUGUCUUCAAUUAACGAUUCAAACGACUCAUGCCUUUCUGUCUCUCAUUAAUAAAUAUCUUCUGUUUUUUAUUGUAAUUUAAAAUCCAAAACAAUUUUAAUAAAAUUAAGUUCCGAUCGAAA